AUGGCGGAGGACAUUGGUCUGCUGCAAAAUACUAUCGUGAGGGCGCCAUUCUUGGACGUGUACAAUGAAUCGCCCGGCCUCGGAGGGGUCCUGAGAUAUUACUGGGAGAUUGUCAAGCAAAAGGCAACAGGUCUCUACUCACGAUACUACUACCGCGAUUGCAUCCAGAAGUCCGGCUGGACAAAAUAUCUACCCGUCGACCUCUUCCAUAACACACAAUACAAAGUCCUAGCCAAGAGAUACUACCAGCACAUCUACAGAAGCUUCGCCUCAGGCAACGUAACGCCCCUCAAGCAAGUAUGCCUACCACCCCUCGUAAAGAAACUCAAGCAACGAAUCGCCGCCCGCGGCAAGACGACCCUGAAAUGGAACCUGCACGAAUUCAAAUCCGCGCGCGUAAUGAGCCACCGCGCGUCGCCCUUGGGCGAGCAGACACCAGACACAGCGUACAGACAAGUCGUUGUACGCCUCGUAUCCGUUCAAUCCGUCGAACGGUCUACGCCGACAUCGCCCAAAAUUUCCAAGUCUCCCAUAUCUGCUGCUCGGCUACCCUGGGUUCCAGAUGCUGCGCGCCAACGAGCGGAAAAGGCACGUCAACAGAGGCAAAAAUUCGAGGAUGAAGGGGAGACGGAGAAGCCGGUCGCCAAGAGCGACGAGGCGUUUAUCGAUAAUGGAGUUAAGAAGACUGUAGUCGAGUAUCUGGUGUUGCAAAAGAGAGUCAUCAAGGGUACGGAGGAGGACUGGAAGGUCUGGGGCUUCACCGAGGCGUCCACGCCGAGUGUGCUUGCGAGAGAAGAGCUGUAUUGGUCGCAGAUGCUGAACGUACAGGCUGGUGGUGCUGUAUAG